AGGUCGUGGGAGUCAAGCUCCGCACUACAGUAUCGCUGUCAGAUAUCACAUCUGGGUUAUAGCUCUGGACCAGUGACACCUACCUGCACAAUGCUGGCUCUGCUGUGUCUGUGCCUGAUCCUGGGCUCCUCAGUGGCCUCUAGUGUACAGUCCCGUCGUUCUUCCUUUGUGGGGGAGUACGGUGCAGGAGGGGGCACUACCUUCUCAUUCUCCUCGGAGCAGCUAAAUGGGCCAAUAACAGGCCUGCGAGUGCGGGAGAAUCCAAGUCAUGUCUUAGGGAUCCAGUUCCAGUAUGGUGGCACCUGGGGACCUUACUACGGGAAUCCAUCAGGAACGCUCCUUGAGAUCUUACUGCAUCGGGGCGAGAACAUCACCCAAGUGUCGGGGAAGGUGGCCUCCUAUGUCAAUGAGCUGAUCUUUGUGACAAGCCGCGGGAGAAUAUUUAGAUUUGGACAACCUUCCGGCAACAGCUUCAAUGAUCUCCCCCUGUUUGAUGGCACCGUCCUCCGCUACGUGAGUGGCCGGUAUACAUCUGUUAUAACCAGCAUCGGUUUCCAUUGGGGGGUCAACCCAAGUUAAAGAGGAGUCCAAAUGAUGGGACCUUUAACAGCAGUUAAUUCAAGAAUGAUCUUGAAGGUCCCAGAACCUGAUCAAUUGAUGGUGAUAUAUCUUCGACUGAUUCCAUAGAUCUGUUCAACCAUGAAUAUCAGUUCUCAACAUUCUACUUCUCCAAUUACUCUGCACCCUGUAGAAGCUGCCACCAUGUAGCCCAGUAUUGGUACGACCCACUGACAACUGUCCACAGAAUAUAUAAUACUGUAUAUAAUUGGUGUUUCCUAAUCCUGCACUGACCACACAUUGGCACUGUCUUUACCAUCAACUCUCUAAAAUAAUCACUAAAUAAAUAGCUUUUCCAUGAUACAUUGUUUUCU